CUUGAUUGGUGGUGGUUGGUUGAUUAUAAAUAAAUACUUUCGAUAAUUUCGCAAGAAGAGGAGGUUGGAUGACCCUCCGCCAUAAACCAAUUUCUUAAGUUCCUCAACUUCCAUUCACACGUCUCACUCUCUUUCUUUCUCCCUUCCCGGCAAUUUCCUUUUCUCUCUGUACAUGCAUGUUUCUUCCUUGAAAAUGCUAAUAAUCCUUUCCCUCUCUUUUCUCCAUUCUUUUGGUAUUCCCUUACCCUCCUUGCACGCAAAACAUGUUCCUUUUUGUUGUUUUUAGAGAGAGAGAGAGAGAGAGAGAGAGAGAGAUUGAUCAGAAAGUGACCAGAUCAGUUAGAGAGGGAGGGAUAAUUAAUUAAGAUGGAUAAUUGUUCAAUAGGGGCUGGGUUCAUGGCAGUUUUUGCAGUGUCAGGAAGUGUGGUGCUUCUUGCCCAUCAACUUCAUAAGCGCCUUCUCUCUGAUUUCAUGAAGAAAAUGGAAUUUGAACUGGCAUCACACAAAUGCCAUUCAAAGAAGGUAAGGUUCUCCGAAGAAAUUGUAGUACUGGAGCUGUCGUCAAAGAACAAAUGGUAUCUGGAGAAGCAUCCAUCAAAGCUUGCGGACCAGAAUUCCAUCACAAGCUUGACUGCUGAGAAAGAAUUGGGAUCCAUGCCCCUCAAUCGACAAGUUUUGUAUAAAGGGAUACUAAAAUAUAGGACCAAUAAAGGGAUCCGGAAGAACAUGAUCUCAAACUGAAGAUUUCGCAAGAGUACUACUGACAGUUUCUCAAUUGUCACAUUUUGUUGCAGCUUGUAGCUAUUUUUUUUUUUUGGCAAAAACUUUGAUUUUCUUUGGUGCUUCCUAUUGGAUGUUUAAUUAUGUUUUAUGUCAGGAGUCAUGACACAGUUGAUAGCAGUUUGGAAUGUGCACAUAGGCAUAAGCCUUUCCACGGCCGCAGUGUAUAUUUUAGUUCAAUAGUGACAAAAAUAUGUUCUUCCUUCGUCCCAAGAUGGAGUAUAUAAAUUUUGUACAUAGAACCCUGUAUAAAGUAAAGAUAUUUAUUUUAA